UAUUUAAGAACUUAAUUUUGAAACUAUUAAAAUGUAUGGUAGAUAAGAGUUGACUCAUUUAUCAUAGAAAUUUCCUUGAGCUGCUGGAAAUCCAUCCUCCAAUGGGAGAAACGUAGUCCUUUUCAAGCACUUAGAUAAAUAAUUGGAGCAGUUAUCGACCUUGAACUUCAACCCUGUAGCUUGUUCUAUUCUUGAAUUAUUUUCAUUUGUCAACUCUAAAUUUGGGUGACAUACGAGAGAGCAAGUAUUUGCAAAUUAACUUUGUUUUCUGCCAUUCUCUGAUACAGAACAGAUGGCGAACAGUGAAUCCAAUUCACUCCAAUUAUUCGUGAAAUUGCCAGAAGGAGAAACAAUAGAAAUCCAGUCGUAUUCUAGUCAUUUAGUAGUGUCAAUCCAAGAGAAAAUUCUAAUGAAGUCUAUGAUUCCAGUUACUGAACAGAAAUUAUAUUAUCAGGGGAUACAGCUAGAGCGGGAGAAGAAGCUUGAAGCCUACUCGAUUAAAGACAAAGCUUGCCUCGAAUUGAUUAUUGGAUGCGAUGACACAUCGGAACCCUUGCAAGAGAUUCACCAAUUGAGUUCAAACAUUUGUCGCAUGUGCCGAGACAAAUCUGUCUCCGAAGAUCCUAAUUCUGAUGACGCCCUGACGAUUGCCGCGCUGUUGGCUCCUGAAAGACGAGUAAAAUCGGAGAUUUUUAUGAUUUGGUAUUCUGUCCCUGAGACUUUACUUAUGCUUCACAGGUCAGAAAUUGAAGAUAAAAAAGCCCAUGCUAAAGCUUUGAUACUUUUGUGCAUGGUUCUAAUAUUGAAUCGUCCACAAGAUGUUAUUGAUGGAUGCAUACAUUUAGCAUUACAAUUUUGUAAUUUACUUAGAGAUGAGGUAUCUGAUAAUGAUCCUCUGUUUAAAUCAUGCCGGAAUACUCUAAAACAGUUGUUGGAAAAAAAAGACUACAAGAUCGGUUCCUUAGGUAAGCUAAGCGCAUUAAACGACAUUUCACGCAUCUUUCUUGAGAUGGCAAGAACCUUAUACAACGGAUUGGAUCAAAUUCAGGCAUCAAAUUCAAUGCUCCACGUUGAGUCAUUGAAAGUUAAUUUUCGUGAAUUCCAGGCAUUUUCACGCGUAUUGCGUUGUGCAGUUUGCAGUGAAGACUGUGCCCAUGAGGAUGACAAGUCUUUAGUUGAUUCCUUAUCAGAAGAUAUUAAACAUGUAUUUAAUUUCCUGUUGCCAGUAAUGGAGGAACAUCUUCUUCAAUUACCAAGAAUGGCACAAGUAUUCGAAACAAGUGGUUGUUUGCGUCCCAUUUUGUUUAUGUAUCUGGACAUUUUGGAAGAAUUGAAUAGCAUUUCUCAGCUUUCGGUGGUGAGUGAAGGAGAGCAAUUUCGGUCUGUAUUAAAGAGCCAGCAGAUUUCACUACGACUGAUACUUGAAAAGGUUACGAGGGAAGAUGAUUAUCUCUGGCUUCUUAAGCACAUUGAUGUGAUUGAUGCUGAAUCCAGGAUGCAUUUAGUCACCAUGAUGAUGAUCCCCGAGGAAAAAUUACUGGAUUCAGAGUUUUACAAGCCACUCAUUCACUGGUCUAGAUUUCUGGACGAAGAGCUGUUUGAGGCAUUGAAAAAUAAGAAACUCACCAGUCCUCAACAAUUGCAAGAUUGGUUAUACAAGUUAUGCCAAGCCAUAUUCAAACCCCAAAAUCUCCUCUUCUUGGCUUGCCCAAAUGAUCCUACAAAGUUUUAUCCCAAUCCUGAAUUGAAGCUGGAACCAUUACACUUCGACUGUUUUGAAUUUUCUGGUAAGGUGAUUGCAUUGGCAUUGAUGCAUGAAGUACAAGUAGGUGUUGCCUUUCAUCCUGUAUUUCUUUUGCAACUUGCUGAAAGGCAUAUUUCUAUAGAAGAUCUAAGAGAUGCAUAUCCAUCUUUUUACAAUAAUAAGGCCAAGCAUCGUUUUCAUGAUGAUGAUGAAAUUCGAGAUGACUUCCUCAACUCUGUCUCUGAACAAAUAUCCUUUUUCAGAAAAGGUUUUGACAAUGUUUUUGGAAAAUCAAUUGUCGAACUGCUAUCUUAUGAGGGAAUAGAAUUUGAAGAUCUUAACUUGGCACUGAAAGGAAAAUUAAAUCUUGGUGAGAGAACUCAUGUGAAUCAAGGCAACAAUGUAAGUGAUCCUCUAAUGUCCCAAUUCCUAAAGAUUAAUAGACAAAGAGUUAAUAUUAACAAGUUAAGGUGGCGAAUGGAUCGCAGGAAGACUUUGGGAGGAGGGAUUACAGGAAACGUGUACAGGGGAUAUGCAGAUGAUGGUUUCUUUUUUGCGGUAAAGGAAGUACAAGUUGAAAAUAAAGAAGAAAUUGACGAAAGUAAACAAGAAACUGACAGAAUUCAUCAAGAUGUAAAGGAAAUUGAACAUGAUAAUAAAGAAGAAGUUGACAAAAUUAAACUAGAACAUGACCAUGUGCAGCAAGAGGUUAAUUUACUGUGUCAGUUAAGUCAUCCAAACAUAGUCAAAUAUUAUGGCACUAAGGAGUAUAAGUCGAAGAUCCAUAUUUUCCUUCAGCUUGUAAGUACAGGUUCUCUCAGACAAGUAUAUAAAAAGUUUGAACUGAGAGAUUCUCAAGUCUCUCAUUACACCAAACAGAUACUGGAAGGUUUGAAGUAUCUCCAUGAGCGAAAGGUACCUCACAAAGACAUUAAAUGUGCAAAUAUACUGGUGGAUGAGAAAGGAUGUGUGAAAAUUACAGAUUUUGGAUUGGCAAGAGUGACAGACUUAAUUCCUUUCUUGAAUUCUCGCCAUGGGAAAAUACACUGGAUAGCUCCAGAGGUUAUAAAAAAGAAUAAAGAAUAUGGAGUUGAAUCUGAUAUUUGGAGCCUUGGCUGCACUGUCUUGGAGAUGUUAAUCAGGGAUUUUCCAUACUCUCAUGUGAAUGAGAAUGAGAAUCUGCAAUCGGAGGUUGAAAAUGGAAUGCUUCUAGAUCAUCUUCCUAAUUAUCCUCUAUCAGAGAAUGCACGAGAUUUUAUCAUGAAAUGCCUGCAAGUUGAUCCAAAAAAGCGUCCAACUGCUUCUCAGCUUUUGAAUCAUCUAUUUGUGAAGGAUUCUGGCUUUUAGCAUUUCUCAAAUUUCACGUCAACCCUCUAAAAUUUUUUCUUCAGCUUGAAUGGUGUGAGAAAACGUUUAGCGUUUUAUGAGAAUUUGCUCAUGUUACUUUUUUUUAAAAAAAGGACAUGGGUUGCAGAUUUGUUCAUGAACUUGCAGUGAGUCAAAUCAUUUUGUAACAUCAUGUUCUAAGGUUGGUGUAUGUUGUGUUUCGGGUUGUAGCCGUUGGUUCUUCUGUGCUGUGUUUGUGAAAGAUUACUCUUUCUUUAUUGCAUUUGCAAGGGAUUCUUUUUAUCAA